UCUCGGACAUAUUGGCUGCUAUUUGCAUGCCAGCGACACACGCUAGCCACUGUCCCGGCCACAGGUUGCGCCCAGUAUCUCAGGCGAAGGCGGAAUGACACAGUACAUUCUUUGAUCAGACCGUUCGAGCAGUCGCACUCCCAGUAGAGCCUGACUCUGGAAGUACUGCUUCCUCCAUUGAAGGCGCUUGCGCAUCAACGAUGGGACGCAAGCAGGCUCCUCAGCCGCUGGCCCUGGCUGAACCCCAAUCUUAUGCUCAUACUGGCAGCGGCCCCAAUAGCAGCAACGGGUCUACUACCGUCUCUCCCAACAUCCACACGUUGUCUGCGCCGAAUUCCAGUUCCCUGAGACCACAGGAACCGCGAGGACUCGGUGUCAGUAGUGAAACCAACCUACAAGUCAGCCCGACUCCAACAUCCUCCAAAUCACCACGGUCUCCCCGAUCACCGUUUAGCAAGUUCAACGCAUCAUCCAAAAAGACGGAACCCAGGCCGGUUCACACCUCCCAUGCGCAGUCAGCACCUGUACAACUGCAAUCCAAAUUCUCAGCGCAACCGUCUUCCGAAUACCCUCAAUUCGAUUAUAAAGCGGGUCCUGUCGCGGAGACAUACGAUCAGGAGCACUACCACUACCCUAGAGACCUGCGUGCAGAGGACCCAUCCGAACUUCAACAUAAGCAACAAAACCUACAAGGCCCGAAGUGUCCUGACCCCUCGCGGCCACAAGCCAGUCCUGGUGUCGGUGUCGAAGCUGGGCGGACGACUCCAACAUUGAUAAGGGAAGGUGCCGGGAACUAUCAGUUCACAGUUGCACAACAGCCUCCGCCGCGAGAGGCUGCGCGGGAGGAAGAGAAGCACUCGAGAAGCGCAAGCCGAUUUUUCAACUUCAAAUCCUCCAAGACAUCACAUCAUCGCCGGGAGCAAACUCGUGACCACCGCCCGAAAACCCAGCCAAGACAAGGUGCAAGGUCGAACGACACAAGCGAUAGUCACAGGGCCAUGUCCCGGGGACUGCAAGAACAAGCCAGCUCUGAUCGCAUCUCGACAAAGACGUCCAAAUACUCAGGACCAUGACAUCACAACCCUCUCGUUCAGACUUAUCUCUAGCCAGCCCGGACAACGAAAGCU